AUGCCAACGCCGGUGAACUCAGCAAGGCAAUGCCUAACGUCAGAAUCAGCACAAGCCCUCGACGAUGCCGUGGUGGUGGCGCGCCGCCGCGGGCACGCACAAACCACGUCGCUUCAUAUGGUGUCAGCUCUGCUUUCACUUCCAUCUUCACCUUUGCGGGAGGCCUGUACUCGAGCUAGAAAUAACGCUUAUUCGACUCGAAUUCAGUUCAAAGCUCUUGAGCUUUGUCUAAGCGUUUCUUUGGACCGGUCUCCUUCUUCUCCGACCCGGGUUGAUGAACCUCCGAUCUCAAAUUCACUCAUGGCAGCCAUUAAAAGGUCUCAGGCGAACCAAAGAAGGCAGCCUGAGAACUUCAAUUUGUAUCAGCAGCAGCAACAGUUAUCGUCGUCCUCCUCGUCGAUGUCGGUGGUUAAAGUUGAGCUUCAGAAUUUUAUUAUGUCUAUUCUUGAUGACCCAGUAGUGAGUAGGGUGUUUGGUGAGGCUGGUAUUCGAAGUUGUGAUAUAAAGCUAGCUAUUCUUAGACCUGUUCACCAGUUGUUUGGAUAUUCAAGAUAUAAGGGGCCACCCAUGUUCCUAUGUAAUUUUGCUGGUGAUUCUGAAUUAGGUAGUCGGGGUUUUAGCUUCCCUUUCCUGGGCUUUCCUGGCUUUUUUGAGAGUGAUGAAAGUUCUAGGAGAAUUGGUGAGGUUCUUGUGAGGAAUAAGGGGAGGAAUCCACUGCUUGUUGGUGCUUGUGCUAAUGAUGCUCUGAGAAGUUUCCUAGAAAUGGUGCAGAGGAGGAGAGGAGGAGGUGUUUUGCCUGUGGAAUUAUCUGGAUUAGUUGUAAUUUGUGUUGAAAAUGAGAUUUUGAAGUUCGUUAGUGAGGAUUGCGAUAAGGGGUUGGUGAAGUUGAGGACUGAGGAGGUGGGUAGAAUGGUUGAACAUUGUAUAGGACCUGGUGUGGUAGUUAAUUUUGGAGACUUGAAGACAUUGGUUGGUGAUGAUGCCUCGGUUGAUGCUGUGAGGUUUGUGGUACAUGAAUUGGUGAGGUUGCUGGAGAUUCAUAGUGGGAAAGUGUGGUUAAUUGGAGCAACAGCGAGGUACGAGACAUACUUGAAGUUUUUGAGUCGAUUUCCAUCCUUUGAGAAGGAUUGGGACUUGCAGCUUCUGCCCAUCACUUCUCUAAGACAUUCCAUGAGAGAAUCAUACCCCAGAUCCAGGUCUUCUAUAAUCCCUACACAAGCACAUCACAUCUUUGUAUGCAAUGCAUGUGGAAGCUUGAUGGAGUCCUUUGUUCCAUUUGGCGGGCUCUUUUCUAACCCUUCUGAUAUAAAGAGCCCAUUAAGCAUCUCGUACCCUUGUGUAUCUCGUCAUCUGUGCAAUGAGAAGUGUGAACAAGAAAUAACUGCUCUUUCAAAGGGAGGAUUCAUUAGCUCAAUUUCAGAUCAGUGCCAGUCUAGCUUACCUUCUUGGCUGCAGACUGCUGAACUUAGCACAAGCAGGGGAUCAGACAUUUUGAAGGCCAAAGAUGAUAGCAUGAUAUUGAGUGCUAAAGUUGCAGGACUUCAGAGCAAAGGGGACAAUUCUUGCCAGCGUCGUCAUUUUAUUUGCCCUAAAACAGAUACUUACCACGUAAACUCUCAAGUUCCAGCUGUUGUGGGCUUUCAAGUUGUAGAAAACAGGAAGGAAAAUGUUGAUAGUCACAGCAACAACAAUUUAAGUGCAUCUUCAACCGGAAGUGGAUCCAAAAAUAAAAAUCUGUCCAUGUCAAUAGAUAUGCAACAAAGUUCUACAUCAAAAUCAGGCAUUUCGUUGGGAAUGGUUUCGAUGUCUACAAAUGUGAACCUAUCCAAAGUGUGUGAAAAACCUUCACAGACUGAAGAUGGGGUCGGUGGCCUCAAGUCUCCUCCUUGGAGUUUGUCCAGUUCAAGUGUUGGCAAUUGUCGGUCAUCUCCAGCCUCUGCAGUGUCUGUGACAACAGAUUUGGGUUUGGGAAUGUACUCUGCUUCUACAAGAAAAGAGCUGGAGAAACCUAAGGACCAAAUUCCUAGAGAUCUUUUGCGGGGUUUCUCCAGUUGCUUCUCUGCAAAUUUUGAUGCAGUUCGUGCAAGUAUGUCAAACCCUCCUGCUCAGUCUUCAUCUUGCUCUUGUCCCGAUCUUCAUGGGCAGAUUGAUCUGAAGGAUUUCAAAAUGCUUAGUACGGCUCUCUCUAGUAGGUAUGGGCAGCAAGAAGAAGCUGUAAGUGUUAUUAGCCAAACAAUAAGUCACUGCAGAACUGAAAAUGUGAAGCAUCAUGGGGCAGGUCGAGGAGAUAUAUGGUUCAAUUUUGUUGGUCCUGAUAGGUUUGGUAAGAGGAGAAUUGCUGUUGCCCUUGCUGAAAUCGUGUAUGGAAACAGGGAAAAUUUUAUCUGCGUCGAUCUAAGUUUCCAAGAUGGAAUGAUCCUUACAAACAGUGUAUUUGGACACCAAGAAAUGACUGAUUAUGAUGUAAAGUUCAGAGGGAAGACUGUUGUUGAUUAUAUUGCUGAGAAAUUGAGCAAAAAACCCUUAUCUGUUGUAUUCCUCGAAAAUAUAGAUAAGGCUGAUCCAGUAGUUCAUAAUAGCCUGUCCCAGGCUGUGAGGACUGGUAGAUUUUCCGACUCACAUGGACGAGAGGUCAGCAUUGGUAAUGCAAUAUUUGUGACUACUUCAGGAUUCAAUGAGUUUGGCAAGACCCUCUCUUAUAUGAAAGAAACCACUGACUACUCUGAGGAACAGAUAUCUAGAGCACAGGCCUGGCCGAUCCAGAUGCUAAUAGGAUUUGAUCUUGGAGACGACAUAAGGCCCACCUCUAGGGUGUUGAAUAUCACAAGAGACGGAUCAAACCUGAUCUUCAUGAAUAAAAGAAAGCUUAUUGGUACCAAUAACACCGUAGAACAAUGUGAAUCCUUGGAGAUGGCAAAACGCGCCCACAAGACAUCAAAUGUGUGCCUGGAUUUAAACCUCCCAGCCGAAGAUAGUGAAAUAUGUGAUGCUGAUAUUUGGAACCCUGACAGUGACACUAUCUCUGAAAACUCCAAGGCAUGGUUAGAAGAUUUCUCUGGACAGGUCGAUGCAACAGUGGUUUUUAAGCCAUUUGAUUUUGAUGCACUUGCUGCAAAUAUAUUGAAAGAGAUUAGUGAGUGUUUCCAUCAGAUUGUUGGCUUGGAAUGUUUGCUUGAGAUUGAUUCAAAAGUUAUGAAGCAAAUUCUUGCAGCUGCAUGUUUGUUAAACAAUAAUAGCGUCAAGCAUUGGGUCCAGAAGGUUCUCAGCAAGGGUUUUGUAGAAGCUAAGGAAAGGUACGACCUCACCCCUCGUUCAGUUGUAAAACUUAUUACUUGUGAGGGCCUUUUUUCAGAAGAGCAAGUACCCGGAGUUUUGCUCCCUCCUAGGAUUAUCAUGAACUGAUGUCCUCCAUAGAUUUACCUUGUAAUUAGGUGUAUAAUGUAGCUCUUUAGCUUCUAGGAAUAAUCCUUGUUUAGCUUCUUAAUCCCAUGUUUUAUAAGGGUUUUGAAUGUAAUGCUUGUGCAACAUAACUAGACUAUAACUAAGAGCAGGUAUGAUAUUCUAGGCCUCCAUCAGU